AAAUAGUCUCAUAACCACUUUCCAACUAGCUGUCAGAAUUCUCUCUGACAGAAGCGUCGAGAGGAGAGUGACAUAGCGAUAAAAUUUAUUUAAUAAUAAUAUGAUAUAAAUCGAAAUAAUUUGUUAGCGUCGAAUUAAUUUAUCCAUCGCCGCAGAGCUAAUAUAAAUCAUUUGAAAUGACAUCGAAGACUGAAAUCACUUUGGAACAUUUUUAUAUUUUCAAUGGAACAUACGCAAAGAAGGAAGGAGAGGAAGAGAAAAAGAUUCUGUACUAUUACCCAAUUUCAACUGAUUCGGAAACACAAAUAAAAAAUAUCGGACUUGGCGAGGCGAUCAUUAAAUUUACCCAUUUGCUUUUAAUCAACAGAUCCUUCAGCCCCGGACAAACAUGUGAUUACUGUCAUACUCACAAAACCCGACAAAUCUAUUUCGAACCUGAGCCAGAUUUCUGGAUGGUUAUGAUUGUAGGCGUACCUUAUCUUUGGAAGACCAAAGAUGAUACGGAAUAUAUUGAGUACCAGCAUGACGAAGUAUCUAGCAGCGUGUGUCAAGCGAUCCUAAAACAAACUUAUGCAAUGUUCAAACUGUUCAUGGGAUCUUUUAAUACCAUUUUAAAUGACCCUGAUUGCGGUUCAGUCCUUUUACUGAAACAUAAAUUGGAUCACUUUUACUCAAGGUACCUGCCAUCUCUAAAAUUGAACAACAGUGACAUUUUGGACGUUUUUCAAGGCUUGCAAUUUUUACCAUUAGAUAAGACGACGUUUCUCCACGUUCAAUGUUUUAUGAAUCUCGUCGAAGCAAUGUUUUCCCAAGUAAAAUACACUGCUUUCCUCUAUAAUGAUCAACUAGUUUGGAGCGGACUGGAGCCUCAAGAUAUGCAAGUUGUUUACAACUAUUUAGUAAGCACCUUGCUACCAGCUCACCUUGAAACUGAAUUACACGGCGGAUCCAUGCCGCGCAAUUCUCCAUCCCCGUUCACAACCUCGCAUUACGGAAAGUUCGUAACUGGUCCUAGCAGCAUUAAUGAACCCAGUGGAAUUGGCAAAUUACCCAAAGUGUUCAUAAAUUAUUCCACAACGCCGAUUUCGCUGUAUUUAGUAGUCUAUCGUGCACUGAGUGCGACGAUAUGUUUAUUUGUGGACAGUAAGACCAGCUUGCUUAUGGAUUUUUUUAAAAGCCUCGACACGUUUCUCGGGCCCCAAUUAACCACGCUGGUCAGUCUGGUGGCGGAACAGUGUUCAAAGCACGUAUCAUUCACGGCUGAGUCAUGCCCAAAGUAUUUGUACUUCAACAAGCUAAAUUUAGCCUAUAAAAGCACGAUUCACAUGGACAAUAGACGCUGUUCUAACGUAUUAACGACACCUGAAGUACUACGGAUAAUAACCGAUAUAAACAAUGAUACCAAAAGAUUCAAAGAAGCUGGCGAAAUCGUGAUAAAAACUAUGAGCGAAUACUGGGUAGUUGGCAAACUGUCGAACUUGAGAGAAUUUUUUGUUGUGAUGCAACAAAAAAAUGCUAAUUUAAUUGAAAUUGAUGAUGAAGUAAGGAGACUCUGUGAUCAGCAAUUGAAAAGUAUCUUCUUCCACUAGUAUCAAUGAUCAAUCAAGGACGGUUCUAACAUUGAGUUGGCGAUCAGAUUCCACGACCAAAGUAAUCGCUAACGAACAGUUUCUGAACAUUUGAACAAUUCGGUUCACCUAAUAUCACCUACAAAUCUGUUUGAUUAUACAUUCGGGUUGACAGGUAUAUACAAAUGUAUAUAGGUAAUAGUGAAUUACCUCACCUGUGCUGUACAGCAACAUGUAAUAUAGUAGAUAACAAAAAUAUUC